AUGCCAAUAAAUCCACCAAGCGAUCCCACUCUCUUCAAAGACUUCGAGGUCAAUGACUUUGUCUACAAAACUGUUGGCGAUCAUGAUAUUGGAUUGUCAAUUCUAGUCCCGAAGAAUCUGUUGUCCGAGGCGAACAGCUCGCAUGGAAAGAGACCUGUCAUCACUCGAUUCCAUGGAGGCUUCUUGGUUGGAGGCACCCGCACGUACACCGACUGGUUUCCCAAGUGGCUCCUGGAAUUAGCCAUCUCUCGGCAAGCAAUCCUAGUCACACCAGACUACCGGCUAUUGCCCGAGUCUAGUGGCCUAGACAUUCUCUCUGACCUAGACUCCUUUUGGUCCUGGAUGCAAAAUGAUUUCGAACCGAGCCUUUCGAGCGCUUAUCCUUCUUCCACCAUAAAACCUGACCUGGGCAAGAUCCUUGUAGCAGGUGAAAGUGCUGGCGGCUAUCUCGCCGCACAAAGCAUGCUACUUCAUCCGGAGGUCAACAUGGCAGCUGUCAUUUUAGUCUAUCCGAUGGUCCAUCUUCGUGAUCGAUUCUGGGAUGAGAGCUAUGAAAAGCCAAUGUAUGGUUCAUUACACCUACCGUUCGACAAAGUCGAGCAGCAUCUCCGCGAACUAACGGACGGGCCAAUCGUUACUGCCGACGAAAGACUCGAGAGAGGAGCAGAGACAAACCGGAGCGAUAUAGCAGUCCGAAUCGUCCAGAAUGGGAAAUUCUUGGACUUCCUUGGUAGGCAGUCAGAGGUGUUUCCCGUGGAGAAUAUCUCUAGAGCGACCAAGUUGCCGUCGCUUAUUUGGAUUUUCCAUGGGAAGCAGGAUACGGCAGUACCGUUCUAUGGAAGCGAACGGUUUGUUGAAGAGCUUCGCACCGAGAAGCCAGGAGUGAAUGUCAGAUUUGAGGGGUAUGAUGGUGAUCAUGGGUUCGAUGAUGAUGCAGUCAUUUCGGAAGGAUGGAUGAAAGACGGAAUGAGUGAGGUGGGUAAGUAUUGGUAA